AUGCCAGUGAGCCUCUCCACGGCCCUGCGCGUCGUCGGGACCAGCCUCUUUGCCUUAGCGGUGCUGGGGGGCAUCCUCGCCGCCUACGUCACGGGGUACCAGUUCAUCCACACGGAGAAGCACUACCUCUCCUUCGGGCUCUACGGGGCCAUCCUGGGGCUGCACCUCUUCAUCCAGAGCCUCUUCGCCUUCCUGGAGCACCGGCGCAUGCGGGGCGAGGGGCGGCCAGUGCGGCUGGGGCGCUCGGUGGCCCUCUGCAUCGCCGCCUACCAGGAGGAUCCCGACUACCUGAAGAAGUGCCUGCGCUCCGUCAAGCGCAUCGCCUUCCCCGACCUCAAAGUGGUGAUGGUGGUGGACGGGAAUGGCCCCGAUGACACCUACAUGCUGGACAUCUUCCACGACGUGAUGGGCUCCGAGCACUCGGGCAGCUACGUCUGGAGGAGCAACUUCCACGCGCGGGGCGAGGGGGAGACGGAGGCCGGCCUGCGGGAAGGGCUGGCCCGUGUCCAGGCGCUGGUGCGCAGCACCACCUACUCCUGCAUCCUCCAGAAGUGGGGUGGGAAGCGGGAGGUGAUGUACACGGCCUUCCGGGCGCUCGGAGACUCCGUGGACUACAUCCAGGUGGAUGCAUGGGCUGGGGGGGGGGGAAUGCGGGCAGCGAGUGCCCUGCCCGCGCAGCCGGGCAGAGGGGCUGUGGGUGGAGCGGGAGCAAUCCUGAACAAGUACGAUUCGUGGAUCUCCUUCCUGAGCAGCGUGCGGUACUGGAUGGCCUUCAACGUGGAGCGCGCCUGCCAGUCCUACUUCGGCUGCGUGCAGUGCAUCAGCGGGCCCCUGGGUAUGUACCGCAACGCCCUGCUGCAGCAGUUCCUCGAGGACUGGUACCACCAGACCUUCCUGGGCAGCAAGUGCAGCUUCGGGGAUGACCGGCACCUCACCAACCGCGUGCUCAGCCUGGGCUACCAGACCAAGUACACGGCUCGCUCCAAGUGCCUGACGGAGACGCCCACCCGCUACCUGCGCUGGCUCAACCAGCAGACCCGCUGGAGCAAGUCCUACUUCCGCGAGUGGCUCUACAAUGCCCUGUGGUUCCACAAGCACCACCUCUGGAUGACCUACGAGUCGGUGGUGACUGGCUUCUUCCCCUUCUUCCUCAUCGCCACCGUCAUCCAGCUCUUCUACCGCGGCCGCAUCUGGAACAUCCUCCUCUUCCUGCUGACGGUGCAGCUGGUGGGCAUCAUCAAGGCCACCUACGCCUGCUUCCUGCGGGGCAACGCCGAGAUGAUCUUCAUGUCCCUCUACGCCCUCCUCUACAUGUCCAGCCUGCUGCCCGCCAAGGUGUUCGCCAUUGCCACCAUCAACAAGUCGGGCUGGGGCACGUCGGGGCGCCGGACCAUCGUGGUUAACUUCGUGGGGCUGCUGCCGGUGUCGGUGUGGGUGGCGGUGCUGCUUGGCGGGCUGGCCUACACCGCGUACAGCCAGGACCUCUUCAGCGAGACCGAGGUGGCCUUCCUCGUCUCAGGCGCCAUCCUCUACGCCUGCUACUGGGUGGCCCUGCUCACCCUCUACCUGGCCAUCGUCGCCCGGCGCUGCGGCAAGCGGCAGGACGUGUUUCCCCACCAGGCUGGAAUCACCCAACGCUCUCCUUGUUUUCUUACACCCAGACCUUCAACCUACUUAAGAUGCCAGCUGGAACAGCUGGUCUGCGCAAUGCACUCCUGCAGCUGA